AUGGCGGCGAACGGCGUGAAGCGCGAGGACGCGGCGAGUAUCAAGGCGGAGGAGGCCGUCGACGAGGCGCAGGUGAAGCUCGAGGCGGACGAGAACAAGGACAGCGUCAAGGCGGAGGCGGAUGGCGCUCCAGACGUGAAGACGGAGGCGGCUGCGGCCUCCGAGGGCGAGCCCAAGGAGGCCCAAGUGAAGCAGGAGAACGGCCGCGUCAAGGCGGAAGACGCGCCCAGCGGCGUCAAAAUCGAGGAGAAGAUCAAGAAGCAGGAGCUGGAGGAGGUCGCGGCGGCGGCUGAGGCCGCUGGGGACGUCAAGCAGGCCGCCAAGCGCGACGUCAAGAAGGACGAGGGCCCCAGACAGCAGCAACAGGAGCAGGAGGACCGCUCCCACAUCCGCCGCAAGGGCGUGCAGUGUGACGCCGCUCUGUGGGACUCUAUUGACUGGGUAGUGGCUGCUGGCGCCGAGGUGGACGCGGGCCAAAGGCUCGGCACGGCCGGCAGGUUGGAGCUGGGCAACCAGCGACCCAUGCAGGCGCCGUGCAAGGGACGGCUGUAUAUUCUGACCAAGGAGCAGUCGGACGAGAUUAUGCGAGACACGAAGGACGCUGCGGUGAGGACUGUGGCCUUUGUGGAGUACUGCAUUCAUCGGGUGCGCAAUGGACGCACUUGUUUGAUGUGUCUCGCGGUGGUGGAUGAAGACGAAGAGAACGAAGACAUGGAGAGUGUCAAUGUUGUAUCGCACGGACAGGUGAUCCGACUGAAUGUCGAGGAAGCGAAAAAGUUCGACUCGGACAACAUUCGCCGUCAGCUUGGAGCGAAGAAAUUGUCGUUGGUGCUUGAUCUGGACCACACUUUGCUGCACGCAGUGCGUGUUGACGACGUUGUAGGCGAGAUCCCUAAGUCAGGUAUGCUUUCGGCUUUGUACGACCUCUUCAUCUACACGCACGGCACACGGCUGUACGCAGAGCAGAUUGUCAAGAUCAUCGACCCUGACGAAUCGUACUUCAAAAACCGGAUUGUGGCCCGUACAGACACACCCGACAUGCUGCACAAGUCGCUCAAGCUUCUUUUCCCGUCGUGUGAUGACUCGAUGAUCCUUGUUCUCGAUGACCGAAUCGAUGUAUGGAAGGAAAACGAAGGGAACGUGUUCUUAAUUGAGCCGUACCACUACUUUAAGUGCACAUCCGAGAUCAACAACGCGUCAGGCCGUGGCCAUGUUCAUGAAACCUUCUACGCGGGUCACGAAACUGGUAUGAGAGAUUUGGGGGCCAAGCCCAGCAUGACGCUUAACAACUUCCCACUUACACACCUUGUGAUCCACCCAGAACGGUUAGGAACCCAGAAGCACGUUCAGGCGAAGAAAAUACCCGGCGUGCUCAUUGUGACCCCCGAUUGGAUUAUCAAGUGUGCUCGGUCGUGGUCUCGGGUUUCCGAGCAAGAUUUCCUUGCUGAUCAAUGGAAAGCCAAACACAAGAAGCCAGAACCUGAAAAGCAACCGGAUGCGAAUGGUGCUACCUCGUCCUCCGAUACAGGUGAACCUUCUGAGUCGAAGACUCCGUCAGCUGAAAUCAAAACUGACGCCGAUAGUAGCAAUCCGACGCCAGUUUCUGCUCCUGCUUCUGAAGGAAAGACGGUGUCCAGCAUUUUAGUCAAGAGGGGGCCUGGGGACGCAAAACCGGCAACGAAGCGCGAGCCGCCUCGCGCCAGCGUCAAGGCGAAAAAGGUCGAGGAGGCAAAGAAGACUCCGGCACGUUCAUCUUCUCCACCCAAGGACGUGGACGAUGCAUUCUUGCGACUCAUUGAAGCGGAGGAGCGCGAAAGCAAGGAAGAGGAGAAGAGGAAGCAGUCUUCAACCGACAUUAAGGACCAACUUUUCUCCCGUCGAACCAAGAACGACAGUGCUAAACGGGCUCACGAGGCGGAUGGUGCUACCGCUGAGUCAGGGGAAAAGCGACUGCGGGUCACUCCUUCGGAGCAGCAAAAUGAUGGCGCUGAAGAUGCGGAAGAGGAGGAGGAAGAGCUGGACGACCUUGAAGCGGAUAUCCUUGGGGAUCUAUGAGGGUAGCACGGAACUGCAGUCACUACCCGACGAUCCCAGGUUUGCGGUGCGUUGCUGCGGGAUGCGACCCCGCGAACAUGUCCAACCGAGCCUAGCUCUUGCCACGGCGUCGCUAACGUGUUGCGCACGAGAUGAUAAUCGAGUAAGUAGUGCACUUGGCACCACCAUGGGGCGCACUCUUCAUCGUCGCUCCAGGGUAAGC